AUGGGGUUUUUCUCUGCUCGGCGGUCAGAAGAAGUCGAAAACACAAUCCACAAAGACCCCGCCGUCGUCCGCGUUAUCCGCUCCAGAUUCUAUGGCAAGCCCAAGGGCAAAGAGCGGGAGGCAGAGCCCUCGUUUUAUACUGCCCCCGCCAACGCCACUUCCACCGCCUCUUUUGCCACCAACAAGGCCGACAAACGCUCCGUAGUUGGCUCCCUCCGUGGUCCUCGCACCAGCACCUCCACAUCGAGAAAUUGGACUGGCUCUUCCACCGUCUCUCCGCGUCGUGCCGGGAAUGUUAGCGAUAUGUCGGGCUCUCGCUCGUCGACGGAUGUCAUUACGGUAACACUAGCCCAACGACUGAACGAACUUGCUACGGCCAACUCGGAGGGCUUGCUCAGCGACGAUGAGUACCGCCUACUCCGCCAAAAUCUCUUCGAACGCUUCGCCAGUGGGUCCGCCGUACCCGUCGAGGCGCCCCUUGUACCCAUGUCCAAGCCAGCGGGAUCAUCUGCUGAGCCACGAAACUCCAUGUCGCACCAGCGCCGUCCAUCUUCCAAUUUCCACGUUCAGUCGCCUUCCCUUCGUUCCCCUUCCGUGCAGUCCAAGCGUUCAUUCACUUCUACCGUGACCGGUCUCCUGCGCCGCGCUACCAGCCGCCGAAUUGUCUCCAUGCCCGUGGACGCGAACGGCGGCGACGGCAUGAGUGUAUACUCUAUGGCUUCCACUCCCGCGGAGCGCACUACCCUUCCCCGGCGGCUCUCGAAGCAAGCCAGUGAGAUGUCGCUGCAGACCAAUGGAUCCACAUCAUCCCGCGUUUCGCAGAGCACGAGCCGCAGGGUCAUCAGCAACCACACCUUCAGCGCAACCGAUCCUGGGCCCCGCGCUGCGGCUCGCACAAGAACACGAUCCGGCAGUAGAACCGCCCCGCCAUCCGCGUUCCACGGCGUGCCCAAGGCCGCGGAGCCCGCAUAUACCCCCAUCGGCACGAGCGAAAUACCCGACGACGACACGGUCGAGUCCGUGCAGGACAUUCGACAUCAAUUAGAGCUGGUGGAAGCCGAAGGGCGGCGUCUGCUCGACGCCUUUAACGGGCUAGAGCUCUCGACCUUAACGCGACGGCAGCGCAAACCCCCGGUGAUACCGCCGCUUCCUUCGCACGGCCCGCUCUCCGACCCGAACUGGCCAGGGAGCGACAAGCGAUCCAUACGGGCUGCCAAGGACGCGGACGCGAUCUCGUAUAAAUCGAACGGCUCCGGGCGGACCACGAUGUCGGCGAAGCGCGCGCCUUCGGUCGGGGGGAAGAUACGGACUGUUAACUCUGUCGGGACCCUGGUCUCGCAGCAGCACGCGCUCCUGCGCAAGGGCUCUAUCUCCUCUGUAUCCUCGCGGGGCAGGACUGCGCCGUCGCUCCCGAACCCCAACCUUCUGGGCCACCUUGGCCUUGGCGCGAGCAGCUCGAGCGUCAACCUGGCGCGCAGUACAGGUCAUUUGCCCCUGGAGACCGUGGAGGAGGCCGAAGGGAAACCGUUACGGUCGGCGCCGAUCCGGAGCGCAGGCUCGAAGCGCGACUCGCGGUGGGCAGACUCGUCCAGUGUACACAGCCCAAUAUCCCCCGCGGCGCGCUCCGACGCAGGGUCUACGGGCACGGGUGGGCGACGGGCGGGUCCGGCGCAGGUGGACGACGACGAGCUGGUGAGCAUGGAGGCCGAGCUGGCGGACAUUCGGCGGCGGCGCGGGGAGGUGACUGCGCGGUACGAGAGCCGGCUGGAGUACCUGCGGGCGCGGCUGAAGGGCGCGGAGCUGCGCGAGAAGGUGUUGCGCAAGUAAGGCGCAUCCCCUGGCCGUGGUGUGUUUUGAUAGAUCCCCCUCGCGAUAUAGAUCCUCCCUCCCUGCACCCCGCCGUUCGUUUAUGCUCCUUCACCGCUGCUGCUGUUGUUGCACGAUACACCCACAUAACGGCGCGUUUUCGUUGCUGCUGUCCUGUCGUUCACCUUUACGAGUCCAUUCACGUCGAUACCACCUGGCUUACGCACUAUACCAUCAUGCACUAAUGGAUGUAAUGUACCUAGCUUACACCGCAUCAUACUCUAAUAAGUUGCGAAGCUGUCCGAAC